CCGGGACAGAUUAGCAGAUCUUCAUAAAUCUGACCUUCAAAUUGCUCAAGGCUUGGAAACAUGAUUGCUGCAGAUUCGACUCAGGACGCAAAUUUAGCUGCCGUGCUCAAACCAGGCGGCUCAUUUUACUACGAAACCCGCAAGGCACCGGAGGUACAGUCCGAAAGGGAUGUCAUUGUGAAAAUUGUCGCAACCGGGCUCUGCGGCUCCGACGUACAUUACUGGCAACAUGGAAGAAUCGGUCGCUAUGUGGUAGAGCAACCAAUCAUCCUGGGCCAUGAGUCAACAGGAAUCGUGGUCUCUUGCGGCAGCAAAGCUGAAGGGAUCGCCGUGGGAGACCGCGUUGCCCUAGAGCCUGGUGUCGCCUGCAAUACGUGCGAGCCGUGUCGCAGGGGACGUUAUAAUCUCUGCCGUGAUAUGCGAUUUGCAGCGACGCCGCCGAUUGACGGGACACUUUGCACAUACUACCGCGUCCCGGUCGAGUGCUGUUUCAAGCUUCCCGCUCACAUUUCACUGCGUCAGGGCGCAUUGGUUGAGCCGUUGAGUGUCGCAGUGCAUGCUUGUCGGCUCGCAGGAGAUAUGCAAACCAAGUCUGUCAUCAUCUUCGGCGCGGGUCCGGUUGGACUCCUCUGCUGUGCUGUUGCCCGUGCCUUUGGUGCAUCUACCGUAGUUGCGGUUGAUAUUGUUUCCAGUCGGCUUACGGUCGCUGGCAAGUACGGAGCCACACAUACAUACCAAAUGAGUGACGCAUUGCCUGAGGUGAAUGCGGCCGACCUUCUCAGAGCGGCGGGACUCGAAGACGGCGCAGAUGUGAUCUUCGACGCAACGGGGGCGGAGCCUUGCCUUGUCUGUGGUCUACACGCGGUCACGCCAGGAGGAACCUUCAUCCAGGUCGGCUUGGGUAGACCGAGUGUCACCGUUCCAAUUGGCCAAAUCUGUGAUAAAGAGGUUACCCUGAAGGGCAGCUUCCGCUACGGCCCUGGAGACUUCCGAACCGCCAUAGGACUGCUUGACGCCCGACGUGUCAAUGUCGACGGCCUUGUCACUCACGAAUACUCUUUCUCGCAGGUCGAGGAGGCAUUUCAGAAUGUGGCAAACAGGAUAGGAAUCAAGAGUGUUAUAUAUGGACCGGAGGUGGACGCAGAAACAGCCAAUGCUGUUGAAGCGUAGAAGCUGGGUUUCGGUGCGGGUGACUUCUUUUUAUGGCGACCAUGGAACUUUGGGAUAGAGAGAUACACCGUGUAACGAUUUUAGAAACUUUAUUCACAG